AAAAUACCACCGAUAAACAUCCAAAUUCAAGAAAUGCCAUCGAUGAACAUAUAUUCCUAAAAAUGUCAUUGUACAAUCGUCUUUGUUCCAUAAAUAUCAUCGUCAUUAGAUUUUCAUUAACAGCACUCCGUUCAGUGCUAUAAAAAGAUCAUUUUAACCCUACGAAUUGUUGAAAGCUGAUUAAAACUUUUGUUCUUUUCCAUUGGGUUGCACAGGCCAUCCCUGGGCCAGGCCAGGUUCUGACAUUGCCCACAAGCAGCCCAUUAGCUGUCUCGGCCCAGAUCUUCCAACGCCUGAACUGCAUGGACAGUUGGGUACACAGGUCAGCGCUCCGAAGAAGAAAAUACUUUCCUUCACGUUGGCGCCCAAAGGUCGUCAUCAUCAUCGAUCCAAACCGCUUUAUUCCCUCUCGUAGCCAUCGUGCAUGCAUGCCAUUGCCAUGCCAGCCAAUCCCUUCUUCUUCGCGCUAGAUCUCCAUUAUUUUUCUCAUCUCAACCUAACAACUUCUUCCUCUUCCUCGCUAUCUUUUCUCGCACGGGAAUCCGGAUGAGACCUGUCGCCUGAGCUGAGGGUGAGCUCGGUGUGUACGUUGUCGGGGACGAUGAGGAUCAUGGUGCGCACGCUGCGCGGGGACCGGGUGGCGCUCGACGUGGACGGCGCCACGACGACGGUGGCGCAGGUCAAGGGCAUGGUCAUGGCCCGGGAGCGCAUCGCGGUGGCCAUGCAGCGGCUGUUCUUCGCCGGCCGGUGCCUCGACGACGACCACCGCACGCUCGCGGACUACGGCGUGCGUCACGACUCCGUCGUCUUCCUCAGCCUCCGCCUCGCCACCGACGCCUAUCAGACGGAGAUGCAUAAUGUGCGGUUGAUGCAGCCGGAGACGGCGACGGCGAAGCAAGAAAUGCAUCAGCAGCAGCAGCAGCAGUUGCAUGUCCAUGUCGCCGCCGACGACGAGGAGAAGGCGAUCAAGAGGAAGCCGGUGUCGCGGCGCGCGCUCCGCAAGAUCCUGUCGCGGCUGCAGGUGGACGCGUGGACGAGCCAGCACGACGCCAAGUUCCUCGACCUGCUGCUGCGCCACACGGGCGGCGGCGGCGGCGCGAGGAACGUGGGCGAGCUCACCGGCGAGGACUGGUCAUCCAUCCGCGCCGAGCUGAACGCCGCCACCGGGUCCGGCUUCCCCGUGGAGGAGCUCCAGCGGCGGCUGGGCGAGUUCCGGCGGGAGUUCGAGGCGGCGAGCCGGAUCAAGAACCACCCCCGGUUCAGCUACGACCCUCGCCGCCGCGUGGUCGUCGCCAAGCAGGCCGACUGGAAGAACUACAUACUGGAGAAUCCGGAGGCGGCGGCGUACGAGGGGAGGAGCCCGCGGCAUCUGGGCCGGCUCCGAGCAAUCUUCUCCGGCGACGGCGGCGGCGGCGGCGGAGGAGGAGCCAAGUGCCGCGAGACGAAGGCGAGGAGUUGCCUGAGGAAGCUGCUGCGGAAUUUUAGGCUGCGAUUCAAGCUGUAGAUAGUUUAAAUUUCUGCAAUAUUUGUCUCAAUUUGAUCGAGGCGCACGAAAUUGUUGGUUAGUUUUAGAGCAUUCAAUUGAGAUCUUACAGUAGUUGGAGACACGACUCUCUGAGCUGAAGCAACGCAUCUUCAGUCGCUUGUAAAGGGUGCUCUGCUGUUUUUGAAUUGGCUAAAUGCUACUAAUCGGACUGACAUUAGUAGAAGCUUGUGUGUGAUUGAAGGCCCGAAUAAAUUCCAAAUCCAUAUGGCAUCAGCCCUAGUUCUCCUGGGCCAUCUUUGCAUUUGCCCAUUCUGGCUAUGCGAAAAUCUGCAGCCUUGAAAAAUUUCCAAAUCCUCUCUAUCGAUCUAUUGACACGAAUCUCUGCAGCCCUGAAAAUUUCAGAAUCCUUGAUUUUUUUUUUCGUUAAAACUUUACAAGUUUGUGGAAUGAUUUAAUUUAUCACAUAGGAGUAUUAAUCUAUCUUGUUAAAAAAAAUUACUACCUCCGUUUUUUAAUAGAUGACG